AUGGCUUCUCUUUCUUCUCUUAUUAAGUCUCGUACUUACAGAUUCAACACUUUCUCGAGCUUCCACGGCCCCGACGUACGUAAAUCAUUUCUAAGUCACUUGCGCAAACAGUUUAGCUACAAUGGGAUCACAAUGUUUGAUGAUCAAGGUAUCGAGAGAAGCGAAACGAUCGCGCCUUCACUCGUACAAGCGAUAAGAGAAUCGAGGAUCUUGAUUGUGAUUCUCUCAAAGAACUAUGCUUCUUCAAGUUGGUGUUUGAAUGAGUUGGUGGAGAUUAUGGAGUGCAAGAAAGUUAUGGGGCAAAUAGUGAUGACAAUAUUUUAUGGAGUUGAUCCAACCCAUGUACGAAAACAAAUCGGAGAUUUUGGGAAAGCUUUCACUGAAACAUGUUCACGUAGUACUGAUGUGGAGAAGCUGAAAUGGGAGAAAGCUUUGACUGAUGUGAGCAACAUACUCGGAGAACAUUUAUUAAACUGGGACAAUGAAGCAAACAUGAUCGAGAAGGUUGCAGGAGAUGUUUCGCGCAAACUAAACGCUACACCAUCUAAGGAUUUUCAAGAUAUGGAGGGACUUGAAGCACACUUGAAGAAAAUGCAGUUUCUAUUACAUUUAGAUCAUGAAGAUGAAGCUAUGAUUGUUGGAAUCUGUGGCCCUGCCGGCAUUGGUAAGACUACUAUUGCUAGAGCUUUACAUAGCCUACUCUCUAGUAGUUUCCGGCUUAGUUGUUUUAUGGAGAAUCUUAAGGAGAGUUAUAAUAGUGGUCUUGACGAGUAUGGAUUAAAGCUUUUUCUACAACAACAACUUCUUUCAAAGAUUUUAAACCAAAAUGGUAUGAGGGUAUACCAUUUAGGUGCAAUACAUGAAAGGCUAAGCGAUCAGAAAGUGCUUAUCAUUCUUGAUGAUGUGAAUGAUCUAAAGCAAUUAGAGGCUUUGGCUAAUGAAACUACCUGGUUUGGUCCUGGAAGCAGAAUUAUUGUAACCACAGAAGAUCAAGAGCUUUUGCAGCAACAUGGUAUCAAUAAUACAUACCAAGUGGGUUUCCCAUCAAAAGAAACAUCUCUUAAGAUCUUAUGUAAAUAUGCUUUUCGACAAAGUUUUCCACGUCGUGGAUUUAAAGAGCUCGCGGUAAGACUAACAAAGCUUUGUGGUAACCUUCCCUUGGGUCUAAGUGUGGUGGGUUCAUCAUUACGUGGAAAGAAGGAAGAUGAAUGGGAAGAAGUGAUGCGCAGGCUAGAAAUAUUUCUAGAUCAUCGAGAUAUUGAAGACAUACUAAGAGUGGGAUAUGAGAGUUUACAUGACAAUGAGAAAUCUCUAUUUCUUCACAUUGCAGUAUUUUUUAACCAUAAAGAUGUUGAUAGUGUUAAUGCAAUGCUUGCUGAAAAUAACUUGGAUAUCAAACAUGGGUUGAGAAUCCUAGUAAAUAGAUCGCUCAUAUACAUAUCUACCAAAAGGGAAGUAGUGAUGCAUAAGUUACUACAACAAGUGGGUAGACAAGUCAUUCAUAGACAAGAGCCUUGGAAACGUCAAAUCUUAAUCGAUGCACAUGAGAUAUGUGAUGUCCUUGAAAAUGAUACGGGUAAUAGAGCUUUGUCCGGUAUAUCAUUUGAUACAUCAGGAAUCAACGAAGUUAUCAUAAGUGAUAGAGCUCUUAGAAGAAUGAGUAAUCUUCGAUUUCUUAGUGUCUACAAAACAAGAUAUGAUGGGAAUGAAAGAGUCCACAUACCUGGGGAGAUAGAGUUUCCACCUCGGUUAAGGUUACUACAUUGGGAGGCAUACCCGAAAAAGAGUCUUCCUCUUAGAUUCUGCUUGGCAAAUCUUGUUGAACUUUACAUGCGGGAUAGCCAGCUUGAGAAGCUUUGGGAAGGAACUCAGCCGCUUACAAACCUCAAAAAGAUGGAUUUUUCAUCGUCCCGAUAUUUGAAAGAACUCCCCGAUCUUUCAAAUGCUAUAAACUUGAAAAGAUUACAACUAAAUGGUUGCACAAGUUUAGUAGAGCUUCCAUCUUCAAUUGCAAAUCUUCAUAAGCUAGAAGACUUGGUGAUGAAUUCUUGCGUAAAUCUAGAAGUUGUUCCAACUAACAUCAACUUGGCAUCUCUUGAGAGGAUCUACAUGAUUGGAUGCUCGCGAUUAAGAGUUUUUCCAAAUAUUUCUACAAACAUAAGCCAACUCCUUAUGUCGGAAACAGGGGUAGAAAAUGUGCCUCCAUCGAUAAAGCUAUGUAACUGGUUGUAG